AUAGAAGAUUAUUGAUUAUGUAGGUUUGUCAAGAAAGACAGAUCAAGAUUUGGUAUUUUAUAGCGCAUGCUACCAAGACUUCAAUUGAUAACGGGAGGAGAAAAGGGCAACCGGUUAUCAAGACGUAUUUAAUAGCUAGUUCUAAAACACGAUUAUCUGUUCUAUGAUGUCCUUGGUGAAACGUGGCUCCCUCUGUUCCUGUUUCAAAGACCCAUCGACAGCCUACGUGGCAAUGGAGUACGAAACGAAGGCUAAAUUAGAAAAAUGUUUUUCUAUGAAUCUAGAAGGUGAUGAUGAUGAUUGUGGUUCAGUUGGUGUGUUGUUAUUACCAGUUGGUGGAAGAGAAACUAUGGUUGUUUUAGAUAGCCAUAACGAGUGUAUUAAAACAUUUUCUCUUGGAGAUGGCGAAUUGUUAACGAAUAGAUACACGUUAGAUGAUAAACCAAGUAGCAUAACAAAAGUAGCCGACGACAAGAUAGCGGUUAGUUUCUUUGAGUCCAAGAAACUUUCCUUCUAUUCAUUGAAUGAGGGAUUAACCCUAGAGAAGUCGCUAGAAACCGAGAAGCAGUACUAUAGCUUAGCAUGUAUAAACAAAGAUAGGUUUGUCGCAAGUGCUGUAUGGGAUAAUCCUGUCACGGUGGAUUUUCUUGAAAUCAAAGAUCACGUUAAAAUCGUCAAAUCUGUUAGCUCAUUUGAAGGAAAAUCUAUUUUCACCUGUCCAGAAAAUAUAUCCGUUACAUCAAAAGGAAUUGUGUUGAUCUCAGAUCAUGGUAAAAAGUCGUUGGUAUGUAUGGAUCAAGAUGGUACAGUCAAGUUUAAUUGUCAUCCAGAGUGUCAUCAUGAAUUUGAGGUACCUCUAGGUGUCACAUCAGAUAGUGAUGGUUAUAUUUAUAUUGUAGAUCAAUCCAGAUGCUUAGUGGAGAAACUAUCUAACGAAGGUAAAUUUCUAGGACACAUUCUCACUGAACAAGAUGGCCUUGAAAAUCCUGUCACAGUGGGCUUUGACGAGCGCGGGCAGUUGUAUAUCUCGCAAGAAAAUGGUGAUCUUAAAAUAUUUACCCUGUUUGGUUAAAAUCCGCAAUUUGAAGAAAAUGGGACCUGUUAAAAUGGUUUGUCCGCCUGUCUGUCCAUCUGUUGUCUGUUCUUCACACUAUUUGUGACACAUGAACCCUGCUUCUAAUUGGCCUGCAAUAUUACAACUUUGUGUGCUUGUUCGUUAGGUGCAUUUCUUGACUUCGGGCGCUGAUGGGCAAUUUCAUUGGUCGAGACUUUGGGACACAAUAUUUCUGCUUCUAAUUGAUGUAGAAUGUUCAAAUUGUGUGUGCAUAUUCAUUUGGCGAAUGUCUUGACUGCGUUCGAUUAAUGAGCGGGUUGGUAAGCUCAUACCCUGUGGAAAACAAUAAUUCAGAUAGAUGUUCGUUGAGUGUAUUUCUUGAUUGAGUUCAACGGUGAGUAUAUUCUGCUAACGCUAAGCAGCAAUCCGCCUGUCUUGUCUGCCCAUUUACCCUUUGGAGCCCAAUAACUGUGCUUCUCAUCAAAUUGCAUUUGUUCAAAUUUGGUAUAGAUGACAGAGAUAAGCAUUGUGAUUAGCCAAUAGUUUAGAAUAAAAUAAUUCUACUUCUAACUGUAGGGGAUUGCUGAAACUUGGUGUAUAUUUUCAUUACAUCAAUACUUUCACUAAUAUAAGUUCGAUAAUGAUCAUUCCUGAUUAGGUAGUGUAAUAAACAAUUUGAUUAAUUGCUAGAUGUGUUAUAAAUAAAUAAAUGUGCAAGUGAUUCGUGAGUGUCAUCUAUAUAUUUUGGGUUUGAGGCGGGGGUCAUCAACCUCACUGUUGACUUAAUUAUUUAUUAAAGUGCUGUUUAGGCACCGAAUUAGCACUACUGUGUCUAUGUAUGUCACUCAUUUUUGUAUUUAGUAUGUCGUCAGUCACUCAUGUCCUUCCGUCCGUCUGUCUACAGUUAGAUUGUUAAAGCGAUAGAUGCUACAGUUUGGGUUUGGUGGGAACACUGGUUUUUUUUUUUAUCAGAGGACGAUCCCUAUCGAUUAUCAGCGCUCCGCGACCUUUUAUUCUUGAGCGACCCCCAUUUUCCGAAAACAGUGUUAAAGCGAUAGAGGCUACGGUAUUUAAUAGAUUUGUUUCAUAUUUGGUAUGAAACGUUUAACACGAUACAGAGGCGGGCUACAGUUUUUAACAUAUAUUUGUUCAAAUUGGCGUCAUGAGAGGACGAACCCUAUCGAUAUAUUCGGCAUUGUGCGAGCUCAUGUUCCGGGAUUGACCCACUCACACACACACACACACACACACACACCUUGUUAACGCAACAGAGACUUCAGUUCUUGACGGAUUUAUUUUUCAAAUUCGGUUUCAAGCAAAAGUUGGGGUCAUGAGAGGAUGAACCCUAUCGAUAUGCAGUGGUCUGCGACUAAAAUGAACCUGUUAAUUUUCAGCAAUCUAAGGUUUUCUGUUACAAAGAUAAAUCGACCAGAACGACCAAUAAUUGGCAUGUGAGGAAUAACAAAAUCAUUGGGGAUUGGGCCAGGAUUAUGGAUUUCUGUAUUUCCAUAGAUAAUUCAGAAGUUAAGAAAUUUAAUUAUUUAUUUUUUUUGGUGGGGUAAAUAUUUGUUGUGCUUUGUAUGAAAAUCAAUGAUAUAACCAUAUAUAAUAUAUUGAAAUAUUAAAUGGUAUUUUAUUUUUGUAUUUUUAUGUAAUUGUGUUUUAUAUGGUUUAUUAAAGUUACAAUUUGAUAUUUUUAAGUUAUAUUUUUAAAAUGUAUUAAAAUAAAGCCCUAAAAUAGAUGGUAUCUAUAAACAGUCCUACCUUGUUAAAGAAUAAUCCUAUUAAUCCUAUAAUUCACUAUUGCCAGUUGAGAAAUUGGCAAAAAUAUCAUUUUCAACUUCAAAUUCAAUUGAAGAUAGCUAUUCCAUGGUGGGGAAUACGAAAACAAGCGAGGUAAUUGUGUUAUUAUUUCCGGUGUGAAGAUUUUUAAAUGUGAGAAAGAUAACCUAUGAUCGUAUAAUGGUGAGUUGACAACCUGUUGAGCAAAAGACAUAGAAAUAAUUAUGUUUUGACUUUCUUAGAAAAUAUGAAAUUGUAACUUUAAAGUUAUAUUUUUAUUUUGUCUCUUGACGAAGUUAUCCAACCAAUAAUAGUACACGUAUAAUGUUACACGUGUUUAAGAAUGUUUACUCGCAACAUUUAAUCAACUUUUACUUAAAGACAUUAUCAUACUUUUUAGUACUCAUGUGCUAUAACCGUAUAUUUAUGUUGUACUUUCGUUAAAUUAUUCACAUGAUCUGUACUUUUUCCUCUUUGGAGAAAACUGAGAAAUUCAAUUUUUAAAUAACGAUUUUCUCCCGAAAUGAUAUGAUUUUAAUUGCCAAACUAUUGUCAUCUUUACAUGUCUGUUAUUUUCUGCAAAUAAA